AGGAUCAUAUUCGGAUGGAAAAUGGGAGACGCCACCAAACUGGCCUUCGCCGUUUUCCUCAUCUCCUGCUCUUCAGGUGCCAUCCUGGGACGCUCGGAGACGCAAGAGUGCGCCUACUACAACUCCAGCUGGGAGAAGGAGCGCACCAACCGCAGCGGCAUCGAGCCCUGCUACGGCGAUAAAGAGAAGCGGCGGCACUGCUUCGCCACGUGGAAGAACGUCUCCGGUACCGUGGAGGUGGUCAGGCAGGGCUGCUGGCUGGACGACGUAAACUGCUAUGACAGCAACGAGUGUGUGGAGAGGAAGGAGAGUCCCGACGUCUUCUUCUGCUGCUGUGAAGGCAACAUGUGCAACGAGAGGUUCCUGUACGCGCCUGAAGCGACCCCGAAGACCGACCCGCACCAUUCUACCGCCUACACAACCUCCAACCCAUUUUCCCAGAAGCCCCAGCUCUUCAGCACCCUGCUCUACUCCCUGGUCCCCAUCAUAGGCCUGGCCGCCGUCGUCCUCUUCUCUUUCUGGAUGUGGAGACAUCACAAACUGGCCUACCCGGCGGCCCUCGUACCCACACAUGACCCCGGACCCUCACCCCCGUCCCCCAUUUUGGGACACAAACCUCUGCAGCUGAUCGAGAUGAAAGCCAGGGGCCGCUUUGGGUGUGUGUGGAAGGCCCAGCUGUUGAACGACUUCGUGGCUGUGAAGAUCUUCCCCAUUCAGGACAAACUGUCUUGGCAGAACGAAUACGAGAUCUUCAGCGUGAGCGGCAUGAAGCACGAGAACAUCCUCCACUUUAUCGGAGCGGAGAAGAGGAACAACAACCUGGACCUGGAGCUGUGGCUCAUCACCGCCUACCACGAAAAGGGGUCAAUGACAGACUACCUGAAGGCCAACGUGGUGUCGUGGAACGAGCUCUGCCACAUCACUCAGACGGCGGCCCGUGGCCUGGCCUACCUCCACGAAGACAUCCCGGGACACAAGGACGGACACAAGCCCUCCAUCGCUCACAGGGACAUUAAGAGUAAGAACGUGCUGUUGAAGAGUAACCUGACAGCCUGCAUAGCUGACUUCGGCCUUGCCCUGCAGUUUGAGGCGGGAAAAUCGGCAGGAGACACACAUGGACAGGUGGGGACGCGGCGCUACAUGGCUCCCGAAGUCCUGGAGGGCGCCAUCAACUUCCAACGCGACUCCUUCCUGCGUAUCGACAUGUACGCCUUCGGCCUCCUCCUCUGGGAGCUCGCGGCGCGAUGCACCGCCGCUGAUGGCCCGGUGGAUGAGUACAUGCUCCCGUUUGAGGAGGAGGUGGGUCAGCAUCCAUCUCUGGAGGACAUGCAGGAGGUCGUCGUUCACAAGAAACUGAGGCCCAUUCUGAGGGACUGCUGGCAGAAACACGCGGGUCUGGCCAUGCUUUGUGAAACCAUCGAGGACUGCUGGGACCACGAGGCCGAAGCUCGCCUGUCCGCCGGCUGCGUCGAGGAGCGCAUCGGCCAAAUGCAGCGCCAGGCUCCCAUCAUCGGCCCCGAGGAGAUCGUCACCGUCGUCACCAUGGUGACCAACGUGGACCUCCAGCCCAAGGAGUCCAGCUUAUGAUCGGCUGGUCGACCGCCAGCGGAAACACGGAUCUACACGAGAGGAAGAGCAGCCGACCCUGGUUGGUUGGCGUAGUGUUUUCUUUUUGUUCUUUCUUUCCUUUUUCCGUUUUUAUCCCCUUUUUUUUUUUCUUCUUUAAAGUGCGGGUCGCUACUCGCGUUCAGGAAACACCCUGCGCCCACCUCACCACAUCCGUUGAUAUCCACUUUGAUAUGUGUGCCAGAGGAUUUAACAUUUUAUCGGUCGAAAACUCUCGUCCCGAGCAAACGAUUCAGGAUUUAAACGACGACGUUUGAAACGCUGGGACGCCGACACUCAACAAACACUUUUAUCAUGUAUUGUUUUUAUAUACACACACAUACACACACACACACACACACACACACACACACACACUCACACAGGAGGGCGACCUCUUCUGCUCGGUUUUCUACAGAGAGAGAAGAUCCAGCAGAGAUAUUUCACAGAACUCUCAGUGCAUUUUAGUGUAAAAACAAAAAAAGAAAAGAAAAAAAAAAAGACGAGCACCUGGCUCUCUCAAACAUUUGCUGUUUUUCUCGUGUGCGUUUUUUUCUGAAGAAACGACUAUCGUUCUGCCAAUAAGCAACGGCUUCUGAAUGUUUAUAGUGUAAUGCUGCUGUACAUAGUGUAUUAUGGACCCAGACAACUUGGUAAUCAAGCUUAUUUUAAAGGGGGAUGGGGGAGGGGGGGGUCCAUUUUCAAGCAUUACGACGAUAAAAAAAACCAUAAACCUCCUUCAACCAGGUAUACCUCAGUUCAGAUGGACACAGUUUAAAUUAGUCCCUCUCCCUGUUCAGUCAUAGCUCACACUCUACACAACCUUGGCUCUUCAUGACACCCAAACAACCUGCUGUCAGCCGUGGCGCUCAUGGGUAAUGUAGUCAGCAGAGCCUCUGUAAACAUGGCCAUUCACACUGAAAGUGUUUCUCCCUUUUCUCAAUCUCACGUCUAGUUUUGCUCCACUUAGAUUUUUGACUGAAUAUUAACUCUCUCCUUUUGUUUAUUUCUUUUCUCUUUGAGAUUUUCUUCUGAUUAUUGAAAACAAAAAAAGAAAAAGAAAACCCCCCACGAUGAAGUUGUCGUUUAAAGUGAUUUUUUUUUUUUCUGUUUUUUUUGGGGGUUUGCCGUGUCAACUGUCAACGGAGUAAUAAUAUCUGCCGCUGACCUGCCUGAUUUGGGCCGUGAGAUCUGGAUAUACAGUAUAUGUAUUUAUAUCUCUCUGGAUUAGCGCUGGGUACCAACUAAUGAUACCUUUUGAUAUUUGGUAUAUCACACGCUUCAAGACUGUCAGACUCCCUUUUAUUUUGUGAGAUCAGUCGUGUGUGGACUGAUUCUAUCUAUAGAAAAAUCAGUUUAACAUAAAUAGAUCAUCCGAUGUGUUUAUUUUAGGAGGGGUAUCGGAUUUGAAGUGCAGGAGUACCCAGCCCUGAUCUGGAUUUAUACCUGUAUUUAGCUGAGCCAGCUUGCUUUUGAUUUGAUUGCACACAUCUCUCUUUUUUUCUAUUAUUACUAUCAAGAGUUUCUGCUCUCUUUUGAUACACCUCAGGAAACUUUGCUACUCACCACCUUCUCGCAUCCUCUUCCUCCUUAUCCUCACCCGUCUCAGACUGGAGAACCUCCUCUCUGGCUGAUUCUGACGCUUUUUCUCUCUUUCUCGACUCAUCUCUACUUUCAACAGUUUAGCUGUGCUGUCAUGCUCAAAAACAGUGUCUCUGCAGGCUUUAAAACCAGAUUUAAUGUAAUUGCAACACUAAUCAAAGACAUGUAAAUCGUUCUGGUGGAACCUUGUCAAUCCCUAAAAAGGUGUUUAUUAAGUCCUGCAAAUGUUGCAUAAACAACAUUUGAUCAACUGAUCAGACGUUUCUAGCUCUGGACAUCUAGCUGGAUGUACGGCAUGUUUUGUGUCACUAAGGUGCAGUUUUAUUCCCCUCACACGGGGCUGAAACAAAUGGGUUUAUAAAUCCUUCUGACACGGAACCCAACGACUGCACGGCUAACUGCAGUGAGACGAGUUGAGACGAGGAAUCUCUUUCAUCCUGGUGCCAUUUCUACGUAUCCAUAUUAGUUACUCUUGUAGAUGUCAGGCAAAACGGAUGUACUUGUCACUGUUGUGAAACAAUGACAUUUUUUUGAGUCUUUAUUUUCUCUUCUGAGGGACAUUGAACACUGGUGCCGGCAGACCUGCAGUCUCUCCUCAAGCUUUGGGACGGUUUCUCAAGAUGCAGUUUAAAACAAAGCGUUUUUAAAAAUCAAAUGGUGUAUUUGGAAAUACUUAAAAAACAUGAAACUUCUUUCUGCCAAAACAUUUCACAUUCAGGGCGAUUCAUAAUGAUGCUUUCUCUGUAACACACGCCGUACUGUAGUGCUUGAGGAAAUGAAAGUAGACAAGUUAAAUGAUCAUUUCUGGUCAAGGAAGAAGCAAAUCACGGCAAACAUCAAGUCUAUAAGGAGCUAAAUAUUUGUUUAGAGUGCUAACAUGUUCCCCAACUAUUCUGGCUGUAUUUAUUUCAGCAACAGAUUUCUCUAAAAUACUUUACAUGGCUAAACUAGCCUAAUAUAAACAACUGACCUGACUGACAAAAGGCAGUUUUCCUUCAAACAACCCAGAAAAUAUACAAAAACUAAAAAGCAAAACAUCAGAAUUCAGUUCAGAAACAGUAAAAGAUAAUUGAGCGUAUUUUCUUUCCUGUUAGACCUCUAAAACAAUAACAAUAAGGUAAAUAAAGAAGAAGUGAUGGUCAGGUUUGAGACAGUAUCUCACUACAAUAUAAGACUAUUGCAACAACACAGCAAACCUGAAGGAAGUUAAAGCCAUCUUCUGAUUCACUUACUGUAGCACGAGUUCAAUAUUCGCAUCAGUAUCGCUUCCCUUUGCUGCCGCUGUUUUUCAAUUAACCUCGAUUUAAAACGGACGCGUCUUAAGUUCCUCAUGAAGCUGAAACAGUCAGGGACGAGCUGUACUUCAAAGCCCUCCAAUAAGCACUACCUCACUCCCAGGGAUUUCUUUUUGGGUUAGAAACGUGUCGCAAAACAACCAAAAUCAUCACCAGGUUCCUCCGCUAGAAAAGGGAUUAAAAGUCCUUCAACAGGUUCCACUUUGGGGGAUUAUUUGGAAGAGUUAACUCAUUUCUCCCCAUAAGUAUUACCCUUUUUUGUCCCCAAGUUUGUGUCCAAAAGUGUAAAAUUUACUCUCCAGUAUUUUGAGCAGCCAAGUGGAUUUAAAAAACUGCCUCCAUAUGUUGGUUGGUUAUCUGCCAAAGUGGCUGGUAGAGUUGACGAACUUAUCAGCCACAGCAAGAAUAAAAAUAAAAAGUGCCAGCUUUUAUUUUGGCGGUCACAUCCCGGUACUGUCGGUAGACAGUGGACCAUCUUCAGUGUUAAACAGCUUCGAGUUUAAACCGCAUUUGAGAAACCGGCCCAAACCAACAAAUACCAUUCAGGGAUUCAGUACUAUGCUUUUCUAAGUUCUAGCAAGUUAUAUGCAACCAGUGCCGCAAACUACCCUACACUUCUGUAGGAUCAGCUACAGGAGUGACUUUCAAUACACACACAAAUAACUUGUAGCAUUUUAAUUUUUUUCUUUUUUUUUUUUAAUCCGUUACCUUGCAUAUUGAUGUGUUGUAUUUAUUUUAUAAUUUACAGGCCUGAGGUUUUUGGGUAUCGGAACUCGGGUGCAACUCGGACUAAAGUUGUAAGAGUUGGCACGAUGUUAGGUUGUUGUUGGGGGAGGGAGGGGAGGGAGGGGGAGGGGGUGUUCAUUUGUAAUUCAGGAAAUACUUUCAUUAAUUCAAAAAGAAAAGAUAUAAACUGUAACGUGCUUCUUUCUAUUCAGUCUAUGGACAAACGACCGAGAAUGAAUGUUCUUCAGACUCCUGGAUUCCAGUAUUGUGUGUACUUUGGUGGAUUGAGCCCCGGCCCUGUGUAACUCUAGAGGGCUUCGGGUUUGGCUGGUUUCGUGUGAUUGUGGCCCCGUCCCGGUAGAGAGUAGUAAAACCAACGCACCUGGAGAUCCAUUCAUACACCUGUUGGUUGUACGGUGUACUUAUACAGUCCAACCACAAAGUGAAGAACAGUAAAGACAAAUGUGUGCAUUGUUUCAUUUAAUUGAAAAGCUCCCAAGUAGGAUUUGGAUUUUACUUUUUAAAAGUACAAACAUCUGCUUCUGGCCUUCUAGUUUCCUUCUAGUUCCAUCCUCAAAUCUCGCCUAAACUCUACAAACGCUCUUCAACCUUUAAGAGGCAUUUCAGUUUAUCCAAAAUAUCUUUGAUAUUCUGUUUGUCUUCAUCUGAACUUUUAUCAAACCUCUUUGCUUCCCCUCAGGUCUUCACUAUCUCAACAAAUCUAUUCUGACUCGAAUAUUGUCUGAACAUGGUCAUUUAAAGGUGUAUGAAUGGGUUUCCUUCAGCACGCAGGCUUUACGUUCUUCUAUCUCGACCUCCUCUAGCCCAGCACCUCACAUUGCUGUGCAUAUUAACUACCAGUGAAACAUUUGUGUCUUGUUGCCCCCCCCCCCCCCACUAUUUUAAGCAGUCUAGGAUCUGUACAGACAUGAGAACAUAAGUACCUGUAUCAACUAUAUACUCUGAGCUGAAUCUUUAUAAGUGCGUGUUGAACUUCAGUGUUUCCUCUACAUUCGUUUAUACUUUUCUUGUGUUUUGCCUCGGCGGCGGGGGCUCGGCCCGGCUGCAUGAAACAGUUGUCCUUCACGAUGCAAAAAAUGACUUUAAGUUGAGCUUUGUGAAAGCUAAACGCUAGAGGCUCAUUGGAGUACUUUGUAAGGCAUCCAAGAAAGCACUUAAGGGUUCCUCGGCAGACAAAAAUAACGAAAGUUGAGCCCAUGGAGUUCCUCAAGGUUCCUACUCGGGUCCCCUGGCAGUUGCAAUUUGAAGAAUCCCCUAAGCUCUUAAACAUCAGUUGCAAUACUCCAUGUGAUAAUGCAAUCACUCACUACAGGUAUUUCAUUCCAGCAUCUCAAUCUCCUCCUUUUCCCACUGUUGGUAAGAAUUUUAGAGGAAACAUUGAACUCCAAUGACCUCCAAUGUCUUGGCAGCAGGAUAAGUCUGAAAUUUCUACAAAAAAAAGCCCACCCACCCAAAACACUACAAGCGUUUUUUGACCCCACAUCUCUCAAGGCUUUGGAGUUGCAGCGCUGAUCCAGGAUCUGCAGACACAGCCUGUGAUGGUAAUGAUGCUGACAGGGUUUCUGGGUUUCAAGGCUGGAAGUAACCGAUAAAUCUGAUCAUUUCUUUGGUCACAAAAAACAAAAAAAUGCUCUAAAAUGAUGAAAAUGUUAUUUUUAUUUUUAUUUACUCCUGAUACAUGUGACUGUGCGUUUUUAUGUUGCUGACUAAAAGAUGUGAAAAUAGGACAACAAACUGAUGUCUGGACAAAGAGUGGGUUUUUAUCUCCAGGGUUCUCACCCUGACCUUUGACCUCCCAGUGAAGGGCCAAGGGGGGGAUUAUGGGAAAAGUAUUAUAGCAGAAAAGAAAACCUUCAGAAACCCUGGAUCCAUUAUCACAGAGGAGACUAAACAGAUCCCUGAUCAGCGCUGUGACUCUCGGCCAUGGUUUUUAUCAGCUGAAGUGAUCCACGUGAUGUAAAUAAAUGUGUUUUUAGAU